AUGCAGCUUCACCUGCUCCUACUAGUCUUCCUUCUGGUCUCUGGAGCAGAGACAGGGGAUAUCAUCGGGGGACAUGAGGCUAAGCCCCACUCUCGCCCCUACAUGGCAUUUCUUCAGUUCUGGAAACAGGAUGGGAGGCAUAACUGUGGUGGUUUCCUGAUCCGAGAGGACUUCGUGCUGACAGCUGCUCACUGUUGGGGAAGCUCCAUAAAUGUCACCCUGGGGGCCCACGACGUCAAGGAGCAGGAAAAGACUCAGCAGAAAAUCCCUGUGAGAAGAGCCAUCCGCCACCCAGACUAUAAUGAGAAGACUAUUUCCAAUGACAUCAUGCUGCUGCAGCUGAAGACAAAAGCGAACCUGACUGCAGCUGUGCGCCUACUCCGCCUGCCCAGGAAAAAGGUCCAGGGUGACUCUGGGGGUCCCCUCGUGUGCAACAAUGUGGCCCAGGGCAUUGUCUCCUAUGGAAAAAAAACUGGGACUCCACCACGGGUCUUCACCAAAGUCUCUCGUUUCCUGCGCUGGAUAAAGAAAACCACAAAACGCCUCCAACUGCAGGAAUCAAACUGA